AUGGUAACGAAACCCAGAUUUCUGGUUGUUGGAGCCUCAAUUGCCGGUCUUACUGUUGCCAAUGGACUUUUGCAGGCGUGCGAUUGCGAAGUAAUUGUGUUCGAACGGUCAUCGGAAUCCGAAACUGGAAGGCUGCCGAAAAAUGGGGGAGGCAUUGGAUUACAUGAGGAAUCAGUCAAAAUAUUGAAAUCGCUUGGAAUAUCAACAGAAUACGCAUUGCCAAUGAAUAUUCACGAGGAUAGAGAUCGAACCGGUCGGAUCAUAAGGAAAACUAAGAUUCCAUUUUAUUCGGCAUUUUGGGGUGAUGUACACAGACACUUGCUGGAUGGUGCGAUAUCUGCCGGAGCAGUUGUGCUGUACAACAAAAAUGUCACAUCAAUCGAUGAACGUGAUGAUGGUGUAAACCUCGGAUUUUCUAACAAUACUGCUAGAUAUGAUGGUGACUGUGUUAUAGGGGCGGAUGGUAUUUUAUCUACUUUACGAUCUCUAAUUUUGACGGAUAAUUCAAAUAGUAUGGAAACCGAUUUGGUCAGACAUGCUGGGUACUAUGCUUGGCGAGGUUUAGUUCCCUUAGAGGACUUGCCUCCAGGCGCUGAUCUAAUGUUCCAGAAAGGAAUCUUCACUAUUGAGCUUUCUUACAAAAGUCACGCAAUUAUGUAUUAUUUGCCUCGAGGACUGAACUGGCUAAUAUAUUUGAACAGUAAUAGUGAAGCCACAUCAACUUACCAUCGGAGUGACGAAAUUGUUGGACAAAUUACUAGAACUGCUACUGAUGCUGAAUUAGAGGAACUGUAUCGCACCGUUGAACUUCUGUAUCGACCUGCUGUUGUGGAUCUAAUCAAAGCCAGCCAAAGGCCACUACCAUUUACAAAUCAAAUGUAUGAUCGAAAAUCACUGUCAACCUUUUCCACGAACAGAUGCAUACUAAUAGGAGAUGCUGCACAUCCGUCCACACCACAUCACCUUCGAGGAUCGAAUAUGGCAAUCGCAGAUGGUUUUGUUCUGGCCAAAGAAUUCGCUUUCACACUCAACGCAAAAUGCCAUGACCUCAAAAAUAGUGCUGCUGUCAAGGAUGUUUUCAGUAGAUUCGAAAGUCAACGAUUGAAGCUAUGCAACGAUAUUGUCAUACAUUCGGCUCGGAUAGGUCGAGUUAGACAAAGUGUGUAUUGCAAGGAUAAACAAGGGCCUCAUUGGGAUACUAUUUGUGAAAGUUCUGAACUUACGGAAAUGUUGGGCGAUCAGAAUUAUUUCACUGACUUAGAGUAG